GUUUGAAAUCCAGCUCUCGGGGCUUCCUUCGUUAGCUGUUUGGGUUUUUGCUCUCGGUGCCGGGCCCUGAUUCCGCCGCUCUACCGGCGCCUCCAGUCCUUGGGGAGCGCGGCCGUCACCGCCGCCGCCGCCGCCAGGGCCCCAAGGCUGGGAGCGAGCGCUGUUUGGGCCUCGGUGCGGACCGAGAAGCGAAGCGAAAGCGGAUCUGUUCAGCCCGGCGGCCUUCCCCUUCUCCCGGACUCAGCUCGGCGCGCCCCGGACGGAGCUCAGCGGUCACCUCUGUUCCUACCCCAGCCGGCCGGGCCCGGCAGCCGCCAGGAGGAUGUUCGCCGCCGGUCUGGCUCCGUUCUACGCCUCCAACUUCAGCCUCUGGUCGGCCGCGUACUGCUCCUCGGCCGGCCCGGCAGGCUGCUCCUUCCCUCUCGACCCUGCGGCCUCCAAAAAACCUUCCUUCUGCAUUGCGGACAUUCUGCAGGCCGGCGUCGGGGAUCCCGGGGCGGCCCCGGACGGACUGGUGGGCGCCUCGGCCGCCGCUCUCACCGCGCACUUGGGUUCGGCUCACCCGCACGCCUCGUUCCAGUCGGCCGCCAGGUCCCCGCUGCGACCCACGCCGGUGGUGGCGCCCUCCGAAGUCCCGGCCGGCUUCCCGCCGCGGCUAUCACCGCUCUCCGCCGCCUAUCACCACCAUCACUCGCCGCAGACACAGCCCCCGGGCCGGGCCGGCGCCCCCCAACAAUCCCUGAGCUCCACGGCUGCCGCCCGGGGACUCCCGAACACUCACCAGGGCGCUUCGGUCCCGGCACCCUCCAGCAAGGACCUCAAAUUUGGAAUUGACCGCAUUCUCUCGGCAGAAUUUGACCCCAAAGUCAAAGAAGGAAACACACUGAGAGAUCUCACGUCCCUGCUGACGGGUGCCCGGCCUGCGGGAGUGCGUCUUCCUGGGCUGCAGCCGUCUACGGGUCAAUUCUUCGCCUCCAUAGAACCCAUCAACGAGGCUUCGGCCAUCCUGAGUCCCUUAAGCUCGAACCCGAGAAAUUCAGUCCAGCAUCAGUUUCAAGACACGUUUCCAGGUCCCUAUGCGGUCCUCACCAAGGAUACCAUGCCGCAGACCUACAAGAGGAAGCGCUCCUGGUCGCGGGCUGUCUUCUCUAACCUGCAGAGGAAAGGCCUGGAGAAGAGGUUUGAGAUUCAGAAGUACGUGACCAAGCCAGAUCGGAAGCAGCUGGCAGCGAUGCUGGGCCUGACCGAUGCGCAGGUGAAAGUGUGGUUCCAGAACCGGCGCAUGAAAUGGCGACACUCCAAGGAGGCCCAGGCGCAGAAGGACAAAGACAAGGAAGUGGGCGAGAAGCCGUCGGGCGGCACAGCGGCCGGGGACGGCGAGGCAGAGGAGCGGAGCCCAAGCCGUUCCGAGGGAGAGAUGGAGAGCGAGAGCAGCGGCUCCGAGGCCCUGGACCUGGCCUCUAGCGACACCGAGGAGCGGACUGAGGCUGCCACGGCCGAGCGAGCUCUGCCCCCGACGACGGUCAUCAAGGCCCCGACGGCCGGCGCGCUGCUCGUGGCCAGCAGUGGAUGCGGUGGCGGAGGCGGUGCUUUCGGCUUCACGGGCCUGGGGAGCACGAGUAAUGGCAGCAGCGGUGGCAGCGCUGGUGUCGUGGGCAGCCUAAGCAGUAGCGCGGCCGAGCAGCACCCCGAAGCCCAGCCCACAGCCAGCAGCGCCCCGCAAAGCCCAGAGCCGCCCCUCGGCGGCGUGUAGACCGGACGAGAGAGCAAAGGGGCCGGGGGCUGUCAGAGGGCGC